AUUUGUGAGAGAAUGCAACAAGGGAGCUUAAUUCUAACCACAGAAAAAGGAUUCUAACCUGAAAAUUGUGUUAAUUACUUGUCAUCAAAAAAUGGAUUUAAAUGAAUUACUAAUUUGGAAUAAUAUUCAACAAGAUCUUCAAGACGCUGAAGAAGACCUAAUAAUAGGUAGAGAAGUAUUACUUAAAAGAGAUCCAUUUAACACUCUUUCAGAUCGUAAAUUUAUUCAAAACUUUAGACUGACAAAAGAAUUAUGUCGAGAAGUCAUUGAUUUGGUGACUCCAUUUAUUGAACAACCAAACCGUAGAUCAGCAUUACCAGUGAAAUUAAAGGUUCUCGCUGCUUUAAAAUUUUAUGGGUUUGGAAGUUAUCAAGAGAUAACAGGCAGCAAUGCUUACAUUGGCAUAAGUCAAGCGUCUGUUAGCAGAAGCAUUGAAGAUGUAACAAAUGCGUUAAAUGAACCUGAAAUUAUGAAUGCUUGGAUUCAUUUUCCCAGAAACAUGGAAGAGUUGGAGUCUGUUCGAACAAGGUUUUAUGAAAAAUACCAUUUUCCAGGAGUCAUUGGGUGCAUUGAUUGUACCCAUAUUGCCAUCAUUGCUCCACCUGUAAACCACCCCAUUUAUCCUGAACACAUUUAUGUGAACCGAAAACAUUACCAUUCGCUUAAUGUCCAGCUUAUUUGUGAUUGUGAUUUAAAAAUUAUGAAUAUUAAUGCUCAAUUUCCUGGUUCUACCCAUGAUGCCCAUAUUUGGCGAACUUCACGUGUGUCCCAAGUGAUGGAAGGCAUAUAUCGACGCGAUCCUGGAAAUGUUUUUUUUCUUAUAGGGGACUCGG